UGCCUAUUAGAUCAAAUAGUGAACCAUCCAUCUCUCUCUCUAGAAACUAUUGCCUUUCUUUCUUUUUUUCACAACUCACAAUCAAAGAAAGGAAAGCAGAUCCAAGAAUGGUGUGUGUGUUUGGUUGUUAAGCUGUCAAUCAAAUCAAUCAAUCAAAUCAGUUUGAGUUGAGUUGAGUUGAACCAAUCAAACAAUUUUAUCUUGUAAAAGAACAAAAAGGAGAAGCAUGUCCUUCUCCUCUUCAUCUUCUUCUUCUUCUUCUUCCACCUUGUCUUCAUUGGACCAUAACCUCCCUCCUCCUUCGGAGCAGCUCUGUUAUGUCCAUUGUAGCAUCUGUGACACUGUCCUCGCGGUGAGCGUUCCAUGUACAAGUUUUUUCAAGACUGUUACGGUUCGAUGCGGUCACUGCACCAAUCUCUUGCCUGUGAACAUGGGUGGACUCCUUUUCUCAUCCUCCAAUCAGUUUCAUCACUUGGGUCACUCUUUCUUCACUCCUUCUCAUCAUAAUCUCAUGGAAGAGAUCCCAAACCCAUCAGAACAUAACUUUCUGAUCAAUCAAACAAGUGCAAAUGACUUCACUAUGCCAAAUCGAGGAGUGGCUGAUGAGAUUCCAAGGCCUCCAGUCAUCAACAGACCUCCGGAGAAGAGACAGAGAGUGCCCUCCGCCUACAACCGAUUCAUCAAGGACGAGAUUCAACGCAUCAAGGCUGGAAAUCCGGAUAUAACACACAGAGAAGCCUUUAGUGCAGCUGCAAAGAAUUGGGCCCACUUUCCACACAUUCACUUUGGUCUCUUGCCUGAUCAGACCGCAAAGAGAUCUAACGUGCGCACCCAGGAAGGAGAAGAUGUGCUGACGAGAGAUAAUUUCUUCACUCCAACUACUCCCAACGUGGGCAUCUCUCCCUACUAAUUGAGUAUUCAAGGAUCUAUUUGCUGCUCUUUCGUAGUCUUUCUGUGCUUCUUUCUUUUUCUUUUGUUGGUAUUCUUAGUGAAUUCAUGACUAAACCGAUUUUUAAUUUGAGAUCUUUUACUAUUGA